UGCAGCGUCUUCUAGGACGGUCUGGUGUCGUCAGGCUGGAGGAGGCAGGUUGACUACUGAGAACCACCGGCCCGGACAUGACGACCACCACGAACUUUCAAGGGAUGGAGCCCGGCUCCAAAAGCAGUUCCAGGGUUCUGCGCCCACCGGGUGGCGGCUCCAACUUUUCGCUUGGUCCAGAUGAGGAGAAACCUCCCGUCCGAAAAAACAAGAUGGCUUCCAGUGUUUUCGAUGAGCCAGAGGACCCCUAUGCUAAUCGAAGGAACAACCCACCAGGAGGAAAGCCCAAAGGGGUGCUGUGUGGGGAGCCGUCAGCUCCCCUGAGGAGAGGAGGGAACAACGGAACCAACAGCUCAGCAGACGCCCCCCCCACCACAGAAGGAGAAAUUUCUGUGCGUGAUCAUGACAACUUCGCAGCUGAACCUGAAGCGGCUCCAGAACAUCACGAGGAGGCCCCAGCAGCUGAGGAGCCCACUGCAGGAUUAGGGCCCGGCCGCAGGAAUCCCCCUGGGGGCAAGUCCAGCCUCAUCCUGGGUUGAAUGCCCAACAACUGCCCCUCUUUACCUCCACGUGUCUCUGAACUCAUCCUUUUUCUUUUUUACAAACUUUUUUUUUUUUUUUUUUCCAAACAUUGGAACCCCAGCUCAUCUGUCUGUGCCACAGGAAAUCCUAAUGUCCCAAGAGGCACCAGUGCCCUCCACAUCCUCAAGUGCAUUGUUUUGAUACCUCUUUUUUGGAAACCGUUUUGUACUGUUUUUAUUGUUUGUUUAUUUUUGACAGAAGCACUUUAUGUAUUUCUAUGUAUAUGGUUCAGCGUCUGCCUUUUGUCCCUCUAAUGCAUUACACCUGACAGAAAGGGUAGAAGGUUCACAUCUCUCAUAUCAACCAGUGCUAAACCCCCCUUCCCUUAAUUUUAUUGCAACAGCACAAGCUGUAGGUGAUGAUACAAGCAGUUUCUAGAACACAAGCAAAGAUAAAGCUGUCACUUUUGCACUGUGUUCAGUUUUGACCCAUUGUGCAUGCACAUCUGGUCUGUGAUGUAUGAAUGUGAGAUGAAACAUAACUGUGAAGAUUUUUUUUUUCAUAUAAUUCAACCUGUUUGUUCGUGGUUUCUUUGUGUAAUAGUUGUUGUAUUGUUGUUGCAUGAAGUUGGAAUCUUUCUACUGAUUAUAGUAUUAAUAUCCACAUAGGAGCCAAAUAUGAGCAACAUAAAUUACUGUCAUUGUGAUCUGAAGGAUGCAAACAUUUGUCUUCAGAUGAGAACUGUAGGUCCCACGUCAGGUAACUGAAUUGGAAUAAGCCUUUUUUAUAUAGUAGUCACUCACUAACCUUAGACUAUUGGAACCCCAGUGCCGGUUUUGGGUGCCCCGUGUUUUUAUAGGUGAAAUUGACUCUCACAUAAAGUGUGCCUAUUUGUUUGUUAGGCUACAAACAUCAAACAAGACUGGGUUUCCUCAUACAGCAUCCUGCCAGUAUCACCAUGACCUUGUUUUUUCCAUCGCGAGUCAAUGGAAUGUUGUGGAUCGUGACACUUGGGUGUUUCUGGUUAACCCAUCCUAGAUUUGACAAGUGACCUUAUGACAGCUCGGCCUUUCUUUUCUAUGUUUUACCCCCUUUUACAUUUGCCAACGACCCUGAAAGAAUACAGAAUAGUCUUUUUGUAGAUUUCAUGUCGCAUCACUCAAACCAAAAUUCAAACGCCUCCUUGCUUCUCUCUUGUCGAGUCAACGUGUGUGUGUGUGUGUGUGUGUGAGUGACUGCUGUGUCAGCCAGCUGUCGUGCAACAAAAAAAACCCACAUUUCAGGUACAUGAACUGUAUUUCCCGUGGUGUCUACUAUUUUUUAAUGUGUGUGACGAUGCAAGACACGUCUGUUUGCAUCCUACCAAUUCCUGUUGCUCGAUGUAAGUCACUGCAGAAAUUUGAAUUUGAGAAAUGGCACAAGUGGAAAUUAACAAUAAAAAUCAAUCUUGACCAUG